AUGAAAACUGACAAAGUCAUUGACACGAUCAAGCAGCAAGAGUAUUACGAGAAACCGACUAGAUGGCGGAAACGAUUCAUGUAUGAACGUUGCAAACGGAUCUACGACUCCGAAAUGACCCGCAAAAUUAACUUCCUUUCCCGUAUGCAUCGAGUUGACCCAUGGCCUAGGUGA